GAUUCGUAAAGAAUCAGUAGAAGCUUCCUAUCGUCGUCACAACAGCGCAACUGCUAAAGUUGUACGUCACUUGUUCGUAAUAUCAAUCAAUUUUAACUUAUUUACAUUAAAUAAAAAGCUGUAAUUAUUCGAAUUUUAGACAAAGUCUUUGGAAGUAAUCAAGUGUCUAUAAACGCAUAGUGAUAUAAAAUGAAGGAGAUAUUAAUCGCGCUUUGCGCGAUUUUAGCUGUAUCCACUGCUAAAUCAAUUAUUACAGCAGAAAAUGCGCCCUAUCUUUUGGGAGCUAAAGAAUGUACCUGGGGUCCAUCUUAUUGGUGUCAUAAUAUAACAACUUCUGCAAAUUGCAAUGCCACCCAUCAUUGUAUUAAAAAGAUUUGGGAGAAAAUGGAAGUACCAGAAGAUAAUGAUACAGUUUGUGGAGUAUGUAAAGAUAUGGUGCAACAAGCACGAGAUCAACUGGAAAGUAAUCAGACUCAACAAGAUUUGAAAGCAGUUUUUGAAGGCAGUUGCAAGUUGAUUCAUAUUAAUCCAAUAGUAGAGGAAUGUGUAAAACUUGUUGAUCAAUUCAUUCCUGAACUUGUGGAAACUUUGGCUUCUCAAAUGAAUCCAUCUGUAGUAUGUUCUGUAGCAGGUCUCUGUAAUUCAGCACAUAUUGAUAUAUUACUGAGUAAAUUUAAAGAACAAACAUCAGAGAAUAAGAAAAUAAAAUCCAUUUCAUUGGAGAAAGAUGAACUUGAACCUGAUGAAUGUUCUAAAUGUUUUACAAUUGCAACACAUAUGGAAUAUAAUUUAAAAGAUAUAUCAAAGGACAAAAUGUUGCAACAGAUGCUCGAUAUUUGUGGAAAUUUCAGCUCAUUUUCAGAUGCUUGCUCAUCUAUAAUUCUGACAUACUUUGAUACGAUUUACUCUCAUCUUCAAGACAACUUCAAUGCACAGAAUAUAUGUCAUUUAUCAGGCCAGUGUAGUGAUAAGUUCCACAAACAUGAAGAUGGAAGUGUAAAGCCUAUAAAUGUAGAAAUAAGGCCACUUUCCAGUGUUGGUAUGGUUGAAGUUGAUGAUGAUCUUCCAUGCAAACUAUGUGAACAGCUUGUAGGUCAUUUAAAAGAUUUGUUAGUAGCAAACACUACAGAAGCUGAAUUUCAUUUAGUGCUUCAAGGUCUUUGUAAACAAACGAAAUCUUUUGCUACUGAAUGCAAGGCAAUUGUUGAUGAAUAUUACCCAGAAAUAUAUACAUAUCUCACGACAAAGUUAAAUGGCAACGUUGUAUGUCAAAUGUCUGGAAUCUGCCCCAGUCCAGGAAAAAGAAUAACUGGUUCAAUUACACCUCUGAUUCCUAUAAAAGCUGCAGAAAUUGGUCUAAAUAUUUUAAAUAAGAAAAUUGAUACAGAAAUUGAUAAUAAACAUCGUAACACAGAAAUAGAAGAAAUGCAAUUACCAAUAGAAAGAUAUGGUCUUUCUUUAACUGGUCCAAGAACAUCAACAGGUGUCGACAGUAAAGAAGGAUGUGCAUUAUGUGAAUAUGUGCUGCAUUAUGUACAAAUCGCUAUUACGGAUCCUACUAAUGAGGAAAAAGUAAAACAAAUUAUUGGAAAAAUAUGUAAGAAAUUACCAAACAGUGUUGAAAGUGAGUGUGAACAAUUUAUUAAUACGUAUGGAGAUGCAGUUGUAGCUCUUUUAGCUCAAGAGAUCGAUCCAUCUCAGGUAUGUCCAAUGAUACAUAUAUGCCCAUCAGAAGAGCUGAUAGAACUUUGGAAUAAAGCUCCUAAAGGCUACAUAAUUGAAAGACAUGAUAAACCAAGUUGCCCAUUAUGUUUACUUGCUCUAACACAAAUCUAUAAUGCUAUUAAGGACAACAAAACAGAAGUUAAAAUAAAAGAUGAACUUGAUAAAUUAUGCAGUCAUUUGCCAAACUCUUUGAUUGAUCAGUGUACAGAUUUUGUGAAAGAGUAUAGUAAGGAACUAGUGGAAAUGUUACUUGCUGAUCUUACACCAAAAGAAAUUUGUGUUUAUAUCAAGUUAUGCAAUCCGGAGGAAGAUCCAGGACCAAGAAACUUAUUCUUAACUGAUAAAGAUGGUGAAAUAAUGACUAAUGAGAUACCUGACUUUUUGCCACUACAACCGAGUAUUAAAAAUAAAGUAAAGGAUAGUACGACUUGCGUUAUGUGUGAAUUUGUGAUGCAAUAUAUUGAUAAAGAAAUGGCCAAGAAAAAAAACAGAGAUGAAAUCGAACAUAUCGUUUAUGGUAUUUGCAAACAUCUUCCAAAGACAAUUUCUAAGGAAUGUAAUAAUUUCGUUAGCCAAUAUGCCGAUGCUGUAAUACAAAUUCUUUCGGAGGAUGUUACACCAAAAGAAGUUUGUGCGAUGAUCGGUUUCUGUACAGUUGAUACGAGAAAGAUAAAAGAAUCUAUGGAAGAAUGCGCUUUAUGUCAAUUGGUUAUAUCGACAAUCGAUAAACUUCUGGAUAAUCCUAAAGUAGAUAGCGAUAUCGAAGAGGUUGUAUCGAAGAUUUGCAAAUAUAUGCCAGCAAACAAACAAAAUAAAUGCGUUAUGAUGAUGGAGGUAUACGAACAAAGUAUAAUAAACAUAAUUAAAUCACAUGGUGACGUUAAGAAAAUAUGUAGUAAAAUUGUACUGUGUUCGAAGAAUGAUUAUCUCGCUAUGAUGUUAAUGCCUGCACGUAUCAAACCAUCCGAUAUAACAAAUGAAAAAUGUAAAUGGGGUCAGAAUUAUUGGUGUAAGAAUUAUGAGAAUGCCGUCAAAUGCAAGGCUGUAGAGUAUUGUAGGAAGAAUAUAUGGAAAGAUUUUGCAAUUGGACAAAAAUAAUCCAUGAUUCCAAUAUCACCUGGAAAUUAAAUCCACAUAAGCAGCAAUACAUCAUGGUGUUUCUUUAGAUAAGAAGCCAGUUAUUAUAAUAAUAUGUUAAUGAUAUAUGUUCGUGGCAAUUUAUUUUAAACAAAAAAAUAAAUAAAUAAAUACAUAAAAAUAAAUAGAUUGUCAAGGAUAUAGCGAAUGAAAAGAUCUUCCAAGAUUAUUAUUCGCAACUAAAAUUUGUUUAUAUAGUUUUUUGUGAAUGUAAGAAGAUAACUAUAUAUGUCAUUAUUAAUAUUGCUGCAAAUAAAUUGCUUUAGCUUUUAUAAAA